AUGCUCGUCCAAGCUUUGUCGGAGAGAGACGACUGGGCCAAAGCGGCGAAGAAAACGAAGAACGUGGCGGCCACGGCCGUUGGGGAAGUGGCUGAGAACCCCGAAGCGGCUGCAGCAAAUGUGAGGAAUGUGAGGAUCAUUAGGUACGACGUCUAUUGCCAUGCGCGUGACCGCGGGACGGAGGUGGAUUCAGGCGUUCCAGCCGCAGGAGCGCCGCAGACGCCGCAGGGAGGGAUCCGCAGGGCAGGGCAGGGCUGGCAGAGGUUGUGGCUAGCAGCGUGCAGCCUGCGCCUUGCGCUGCAACAGGCGGCGUUCAACCUGCGCCUUGCGCUGCAACAGGUCACGGACAAGCUGGCCAGCUCCUUCGGAAAGACCGGCAGCUUUAGCGUGCUGGUGGAAGCGGCAGACCAGACGCGGACGGAGUUCAAGGUCUCCUCGGUGAUCUUGUCGUCUUGGUCUGAAGUCUUUGACAAGAUGAUGAACCACGACUUCAAGGAGCACACGCAAAGGCAAGUCGUCAUCAAGGACUUCUUGGCAUGGAGGCAUUCUUGCACUUCCUGUACUCUGGCACUUUGGAAGUCGACCUGCAAACACUUGUGGAGGUCAUGGUGA